AUGUUAUGUGAAUUAUUUCAUAACAAAUUAAAAACAGUUUAUAUGGAAAGACGACCUAAUAAAAGGUGUAGUUGUAAUGACAUUGUAAUCCUUUACAAGCAUGUUCAUAAGUUACAAUCAUUUCUUCUGAGAUCUCAAGAAAAAAACUGCCCAAAAGAAUCUUUAGCUGUUGGUACAGGUAAUAAUCAAACAGCUGAAGCCAUCAAAAAUAUUAAUUUAAUUGAGAUACCUACAGAGCCAACAUCACACAAUAACCUUUUAAAUUUUGAACCAAAUAAGAAGUUGGAUAAUCAAUGGCAGCCUAAUAAAUUUAAGAGAACAAGAAAAGGAAAUAGGAAAAAGGAAAUAAAAUCAUAUCAAUAUCCUGCACAAAACCAAAAAGAGGAGAUAGUUCUGAAAUUGUCUCAGCAACAUGUUGAUCUAAUUCAUGAUAAGCAAAAUACAAGAGUAUGCGAUAACAUUGAACCAAGUGAUUUCACUAACACUCUCAUUACGCAUGGCGCUCACCAACUAUCUUUUAUUUCCCUUUUAACAUUAGAAAACAUUAUACCAUCUGACGUUUUGUUUAAUUUAAAAAAAAGCACUCCAAGUUUUCAAAAAGGCUGGCUUCAAGAUGAAGUAAUAGGAGGUUUUCUGCAUUCCUUAGAAAAAAGGUACCCUUUAAUUAAAUAUUUAGGUCCAACUGAAGCAUUAGCUUUCAGCUGUUCAAGAAGUUUAAGGCUUUUAUGGAAAGAUGUUGAUACUAAAGUUAUAGAACAAGUUUUUAUUCAUUUUAACCCAACUAAUUCUCAUUGGAAUUUAAUACAUCUAAAAGUUAUAACAAAAGAAGUAACUCUACUUGAUCCACUCCAUUGCAUUAUUAUGCCAAAUAAUUUAUCACACAAUAAAUCCAUUGCUGUUGCUAAAGACCUUUUUAGACUAAAAUUUAACAUUUUAAACCCAACUGUUAUUUCAGCCCCAAGUCAUUGUUUACAGAAGGAUAGUUACAACUGCGGUGUUUACAUUUGCAAGAACACAUCCUUUGAGAAGAACUAUUGGGUGCAAUGCACAAAAUGUCCACAGUGGUAUCAUUGUGAGUGUGUCCAUAUUUCAAUCAAAGAUGCAGAUAUCAGUGAUACUUUCCAAUGUCAAUGA